AUGGAGGCCGAGGAGGCCGCAGCGGUGGCGACGAAGGCAGCACUGCGGACCCCCAAGUGCUCCCGCUGCCGUAACCACGGCUUCGUGGUGCCGGUGAAGGGCCAUGCCGGCCACUGCCGCUGGAAGCUCUGCCUGUGCGACAAGUGCGCCCUCAUCACUGAGCGCCAGAAGAUCAUGGCGGCCCAGAAGGCCCUGAGGCAGCAGCUGCCCGACCCCCCGGCUGCGGCAGACGCAGGGGCCGCUCCCUCAGGCGAAGGCCCCGCCGCGGCUGGCGCGGGGCCGUUUUUUUCUGCCGGGGCAGCCAGUGCCCCUGAGCAGAGCAGCCAUGAGGGGAUGAAGGGCACCCAGCCCACGGGCAGCAACGGCAAAGGCACAGCAUGCAGGGGGCCGCUGUCACCUCCCAGCGGCCCUCCCUUCUGGGACUAUGCUCACCCUGCUUUUCCUCCAGAAUACAUGGUCAAUCCAGAAUAUGUGGAGAGAGAACCUCCAAAAGUGUACCCUGGGUGUUCCGGGGUAUAUCCUUACCACCCAUUUCCCAUGGGAUUUGCCAUCAAUCAGUCAAGCUGUAGGGGAGCACCAUCACCUGCAGGAAUAUCACUUCAGAGAGGUUUCCGACACAUUCCUAGCAACUAUGGGCCAGGGAAUGCAGCUUCUGUGUCAAUUCCAGAUGGAAGCGGAAAUUUCCAUCAAGGAUACUACACUCCUCUGCCUCAGUUCAUCCCACCAGGUUUUCUGCCAGGAAUUCAUUACAUUCCACCUCCCCUUUCACUGAACAUGUUGGCUGAAACAACCAAGGAAGCACAUGCUACUGAAGCUGACAGUCAGGAUUCAGGGGUGGUUCGUGAACCUGGCCAACCAUCUUCUUCCCCAGAAGAAACAAGCAGAGACCAAUCUGUAUAUUCCAAACAGUAA